UAAACUGUACUCGUUAUAUUAUGUUAAUUAUUGAGGUUAUCGUCAUCCGCUUAACGAGCCUUUAAGACCCAACGCUGCCAUCAUGAGAUGAUGGUUUCUAGACGAAUUCGUUGUCCGGGAACGUCGCCGGAGAGGGGAUGGCAGCUCUUUUUCACCAGCAAAUGAAGCGCCCCUGACCAAGUGUCGAACCGGCGACAAUGAGCGCCGAACAGUAAACACUAUUGAGUAUAAUAUAUUCAGACAAAUAACAUUUGAGUGCCCAAAUUAAACGCGACAACGACAAUAAUGCACUUGAAAACCCCGAGUUUUCUGUCUGGUUAGUCAUUAGUGUCACGUGUUAGUCGAGUGUGUGGUGUGGACCGUGAUUUUUGAAUUAAUAAAAAACAAAAAAAACUUCUACCAAUAGUCGGCGCAAACAUCUUCUGAAUAAUAUUGACUUCUUUAUUUCAACAACACACGUUUUCACUAUGGAUCAGUUAAUUACUAUUAUGAACAAACUGCAAGAUGUAAUUAUCGCAGCUGGUGGUAUACAAACGAUAAAUCUUCCUCAAAUCGUAGUUGUCGGAGCACAAAGUUCUGGGAAGAGCAGUGUGCUAGAAAACUUGGUAGGUAAAUCAUUUCUACCGAGAGGUACAGGCAUAGUUACUCGAGUGCCGUUGGUUUUACAUCUGCUAAAAGCUUCUGACGAAGAUUUUAAUAAUGCCGGCUUAAAUCAAUCAAAUGACUGGGCCAUUUUCUCGCACAAACCGGGAGUUGUAUUUACUGAUUUUAAUAAAGUGAAAAAAGAAAUUGAAGCCCAAACAGAUAAAUUGGCUGGCGAUAAAAAGAAUAUUAGCGACAGUCAAAUCGUGUUGAACAUUUAUUCGUAUAAACUUUACAAUUUGAGUUUUGUCGAUUUACCCGGGUUGACUAAAGUUCCCGUCGGAGAUCAGCCAGAAGACAUAGAAAUAAAAAUCAAAAAUUUAGUAUUGAAAUUCAUAGAAAACCCGAAUUCGAUUAUUUUGGCCGUCGUUACGGCCAAUACUGAUCCAGCGACCAGUGAGAGUUUACAUAUAGCGAAAAAUGUCGAUCCAAACGGCGAUCGGACCAUAGCAGUGGUGACCAAAAUCGAUAUCAUGGACGCUGGGACCGAUGCGACUGAGUUAUUAUCGGGUGAAGUGAUCCCGGUAAAGCUAGGAAUAAUCGGUGUAAUCAAUCGGUCUCAAAAAGCGAUAACAGAGCAGAAGAGUCUUGAUGAAUCUCUGGCAGCUGAAAACGAGUAUUUCCAAACGAAAUACCCUGCAAUAUCACAAAAACACGGAACCGUUUUGCUGGGCAAAACGCUUCAACAACUGCUAAUCAAAAAAAUACAAGACACUUGUCCAACUCUGAAAAAUCAGCUAUACGCUAUGAAUUCCAAAUUUAACGAGCAAGUGAAAUUAUACAAAGCAUUUACCGACAAUUACGACAAAUCAUUGUUAGACAUACUCACGCAAACGGCGACUAGUUACAGAGCGUGUUUGGACGGACAGGUAAACGAUAUGUGUCUGACUGAGCUUCAAGGAGGCGCCAGCAUAGCCCGUUAUUUUAAAAACACUUUUCAAAAGGAAAUCGACGACAUCGACCCCCUAUCGGGUUUAUCUCAUUCGGCUAUUGUCAACGCCAUCCGCAAUGCUUUGGGUACUAGUAUAGGAGUUUUCAUGCCAACCCAGGCAUUCGACCACCUGAUAAAAAGGCAAAUUAAGCUCAUGGAAGGCCCGUCGUUGGCUUGCGUCAAUUUCGUGUACGAAGAAUUGAUCGGAAUUCUAUACAAAAUGGAAGAGGAUAUUAACCGUGAGCUGAAAAAAUAUCCUCGGCUGUUAUCGAAAGUAACGGAAGUCCUGCAAGAAAUGUUGGUAAAAUAUAAAGAAAAAUCGGUAGAAGCAGUGUGCAAAAUCAUACGUUAUCAGGAAGCGUACGUCAACACGGGCCAUCCUGACUUUAUAACCGAAGUAAUAGAAUCGGAAGAAUAUCAGGAACUUUUCGAGAAUUCAAAAAUCACCGAGGAGUAUUUACAAGAUUCGUUUACCCAGCAAUCGUACAGUACUUCAACACUAAACAGCAAAGUCGAGCGCAAACCGACCCUGAAGGAACUAGCACGCGAAAUGCGAUACAAAGUAGAAAAAAUAAGUAGUUGUGGAUUUACUGGAUUUUCGGAUACUGAUAAACCGAUAUCGGAGAGCAGAGUUAACUUACUGACACUAUUUCUUAAGUGUUACUAUAAAGUUGUUAAAAAAAUUAUUCAAGACACUGUGCCGAAAGCGAUUAUGCACGAAAUGGUUAAUAGCGUAAAAAGGGACUUUCAAAAAAUGUUGAUAUCCAAAAUAUAUAAAUGUAAAAGUUUAAAAAUGGAAGAGCUUUUAUACGAGUCCGAUGAAAUCGCGGACGAGCGAAUCAAAACGUUAAGAAGACUAGAAGCAACUGAAAAGGCAUUAAAACUAAUGAGGGACAUUGAACAACUAUGUCAUAACUUCAGUACAUGACCGCGAUAUAUUUUAUUUUAAAUAUAAUAAAUUCGGGGAUUAAUUUUUCUUUUUGCUUAACAAAAAUAUAACUUUUAUGUGUAA